UUUAUUUUACUCGUAUGUUGUAUUGCAAUUAAAUUUUACAUUUGCUUUUUCGUUAUAAUUAAAGUGUUGUGUGUAUUUCUAUCGACGAUUCAUCUGCGGGAGCCCUUAAGGUUUCCUCCAGGCACUGCUCAUAAAGAAAAUUAAAUAGAUGUAUCGGUGUCGGUACUGACUCGCAUGCUUGAGCCACAAUGAUACGGAGCUUAUGACGCAAUAGUCAGGCCGAUCUUAUUCUCACGUGAACGGUAGAGCGACACUCGGGCGAUAUAUGGAGCGAGAGACGCCAUCUACACCCAAUACACAUUAAAGCAGGGGAAGUCGAUGCCCCACGCGGCGCCCGCGAGCAUGUCGGCGCCGGCCCGCCACCCGCACUUCUACACCGUGGAGGUGGGCGACACGCGCUUCACCAUCCUCAAGCGCUACCAGAACCUCAAGCCCAUCGGCUCCGGAGCACAGGGUAUCGUCUGCGCGGCGUAUGACACCGUGACGCAGCAAAAUGUCGCCAUCAAGAAGCUGUCGCGGCCUUUCCAGAACGUCACGCACGCUAAGCGCGCCUACCGCGAGUUUAAACUUAUGAAACUUGUUAACCACAAGAACAUUAUCGGCCUUUUAAAUGCGUUCACGCCACAGAAGAGUCUAGAGGAGUUCCAGGAUGUUUACCUGGUGAUGGAGCUGAUGGACGCCAACCUGUGCCAGGUCAUCCAGAUGGACCUGGACCACGAGCGGAUGAGCUACCUGCUGUACCAGAUGCUGUGCGGCAUCAAGCAUCUCCACUUGGCGGGGAUCAUACAUCGGGACUUGAAGCCGUCCAACAUCGUGGUGAAGAGCGACUGCACGCUCAAGAUCCUCGACUUCGGUCUCGCGCGCACCGCCGGCACCACAUUCAUGAUGACCCCCUACGUCGUGACGCGCUACUAUCGCGCGCCCGAAGUCAUCCUCGGCAUGGGCUACACGGAGAACGUGGACAUAUGGUCGGUGGGCUGCAUCAUGGGGGAGAUGAUCCGCGGUGGCGUAUUAUUCCCAGGGACUGACCACAUCGACCAGUGGAACAAGAUCAUCGAGCAGCUCGGCACGCCGUCCGCGGCGUUCAUGGCGCGCCUCCAGCCGACUGUGCGCAACUACGUGGAGAAUCGCCCGCGGUACGCCGGGUACAGUUUCGAGAGGCUGUUCCCCGAUAUACUGUUCCCGUCUGACAGCUCCGAGCACAACCGUCUCAAGGCGUCGCAGGCCCGGGACCUGCUGUCCCGCAUGCUGGUCAUCGACCCCGAGCGGCGCAUUUCCGUGGACGAGGCGCUGCUGCACCCCUACAUCAACGUGUGGUACGACGAGGGCGAGGUCAACGCGCCGGCGCCAGCCUCGUACGACCACUCGGUGGACGAGCGCGAGCACACCGUCGAUCAGUGGAAGCAGCUGAUAUACCAGGAGGUGGUGGAGUACGCGGCGCCCGCGCACGCCCCGCCCCCCGCGCACCCGCCCGCCGACCACGCCCAGCCCGCGCUCACCACAUAGGUAAUGUGCGAGCUCGCCGCCGAGAUAUAAGCGGCGCGGGUACUGUACAUAGUGCGACACGGGGCGGCGCGCAAGUGCGUUCUCGCCGUCACAAUAAUUACAUAGGCAGUGUACACUAGGAUAAUUAGUUUGGUGGUGGAGUCGCCGGUACCUAGUGCUUCUGUUAAACACUAGAAAGGUAGUCAAUAGGAACGAAAGAGAAAGAUGCAUUUCAAAUAAUUAUGUCGAAGGAAAAUAGUAUAAGAAUGAAAGAGAAAGGAAUAUACAGAAUGUAACAAAAAUAUGUAGUAAUAGUUUAGGGUGUGUAUGUGUCAUUAUUUACAGUUCACUGUGUUAACCAGACAAGAGUUACCUACUUUUGUCUUCCUAAACAGUAAAUUUUAUAGUCUAUAUAUUAAAGGACAUUAAUCACCCUAAAGCAUUAUCAAUCAUUUAUGUUACAGCCUGUACAUAAUAUAUUAUGUCAAAAUAACAUAGUGACAUCAAUGAAAUCAUGAAAAAUGUAAGAAAAAGGAAUAUAGUUAUUUGCUUAGGCUGUUGAAAACCAACCUUUUUUUGCGACUCCACCGCACCCUGUUAUGUACUGUAGUCUCUUCCUAUUUCUUAGUCUAGCGUAAGUUUAGUUCGUUAAGCGGCAAUUUUUAUUUGUAUAGGACAUUUGUUUAUGAUCGGGCGGUUCGAAUGUGAUGAUACUGAUGGUCCUUCUUAUUUGCAAGCAGUGCCUUUGUGAACAGUGACUUUGACAUUAACCUCCUUAGUGGAAGUCGGUUAAAAGAAGGACUUUUGGCGCCAAUCAAUUUUAUGUGUAUGAUUCGUGCAUUUCGUUCUGUGUACAGAUGUUUACGGCGGUAUUUAAUAUUUUAAGUGCAAUAAAUAGUUUAAUGUGAUGAAUUUACUGAAUACAGUUGGUAUAACACAUGGCUUUGUCAGAAGAAUGAAUGACUAGUGUUUACGGACGGUGACAU